AUGGGUAAACCAGCCCACGUGGUGGAGGUGGCAGAGGUGGUGGACCUCGUGGUGGUCGGGGCGGAGGCCGAGGGGGCUUCGGAGGAAGAGGAGGCGGCGGCGGAGGAGGAGGAGGAGGAGGGAGGUUUGAGAAGAGAGGAGGAGGAGGGAGAGGCUUUGGAGGAAGGGGAGGAGGUCGAGGUCGGGGCGGAGGCCGAGGGGGCGGCGGCGGGGGCUUCAAGGGCGGCAAACAAGUUAUUAUUGAACCACACAGGAGUAUUUAUUGCAAGAGGUAAAGAAGAUGCUCUCGUUACAAAGAAUCUUGUGCCAGGAUCCGAAGUUUAUGGAGAAAAGAGGAUUUCUGUUGAAAACGAAGGAGAAAAAGUUGAAUACAGAGUGUGGAAUCCAUUCCGUUCUAAGUUAGCAGCAGCGAUCAUGGGUGGUGUCGAUGCUAUUCACAUGCCGCCCGGCUCGAGAGUGUUGUACUUGGGAGCGGCCAGCGGGACUACUGUCAGUCAUGUGUCGGAUGUUGUGGGACCUGAAGGUCUAGUGUAUGCAGUAGAAUUCUCACACAGAUCAGGGAGAGAUUUAAUAAACGUAGCUAAGAAGAGGACCAAUAUUAUACCCAUCAUAGAAGAUGCUAGACAUCCACUGAAAUACAGAAUGUUAGUAGGUAUGGUCGACACAAUAUUCGCGGACGUCGCACAGCCAGACCAAGCCAGAAUAGUUAGUUUAAACGCACAACACUUCCUCAAGAAUGGAGGACAUUUUGUUAUAUCUAUAAAGGCUUCAUGUAUUGAUUCAACGGCUCAACCCGAGGCAGUGUUUGCAGCCGAGGUUAAGAAAUUACAAGCGGACAAACUGAAGCCCCAAGAACAAUUGACGUUGGAGCCCUACGAAAGGGACCAUGCAGUUGUUGUAGGAGUGUUUAGGCCGCCCAAGAAAUAA